AUGACCUGGGUGCUGAAGAUGGAGGACGCCACCAUCGAGUCGGGGCUGGUGCACGACUUUGAUGCCAGUCUGUCUGGGAUCGGACAGGAGCUGGGAGCUGGAGCCUACAGCAUGAGUGAUGUGUUGGCGCUGCCCAUCUUCAAGCAGGAGGACUCCAGCCUUCCUCCUGAAAGUGAGACCAAAAAUCCCCCAUUCCAAUAUGUACUGUGUGCCGCCACUUCUCCAGCUGUCAAGCUGCAUGACGAGACACUCACAUAUUUGAACCAAGGUCAGUCUUACGAGGUGCGCAUGCUGGACAACAGAAACCCAGGGGAGUUACCUGAACUGAACAACAAACUGGUGAAGAGCACUGUUCGAGUGGUGUUUCAUGACCGGAGGCUGCAGUACACAGAGCAUCAGCAGCUUGAGGGCUGGAAGUGGAAUCGUCCUGGCGACCGUCUCCUUGACAUCGAUAUCCCUAUGUCAGUGGGCAUUGUGGAGCCAAAGACUCACCCCUCACAGCUCAACGCCGCUGAGUUCCUCUGGGACCUGAACAAAAGAGCCUCUGUUUUUGUGCAGGUACACUGUAUCAGCACAGAAUUUACUCCCAGGAAACAUGGCGGCGAGAAGGGUGUCCCCUUUCGAAUUCAGAUUGACACGUUCACACAGGGAGACGGUGGAGAGUACACAGAGCACCUCCACUCAGCAUCCUGCCAAAUCAAAGUAUUCAAGCCAAAGGGUGCAGAUCGCAAACAAAAGACUGACAGGGAAAAAAUGGAGAAAAGAAAUGCACAAGAGAAGGAGAAGUACCAGCCUUCUUAUGAUACCACUAUCCUUUCAGAGACGAGGCUUGAACCCAUAAUUGAGGAUGCAGGUGACCAUGAGUUGAAAAAGUCCAGUAAACGAACACUUCCUGCUGACUGUGGUGACUCCUUGGCCAAAAGGGGCAGUUGUUCCCCAUGGCCAGACAACGCCUAUGUCAGCACCAAUCAGGCAGCUAGUCCCUCCUUCACCUCCACGCCUCUGUCCACUUACACGACACAAUCAUCCAUACCUGACAGUGAUUCGUCCUCUCCCAAUCACCAGGCAGACCAAGGCAGCUAUGGCAGUUCAGAGCAGUUAAGCCCCACUGCCUCAAUACAGGACGCCCAGAAAUGGCUGCUGAAAAAUCGUUUUAACUCUUAUACUCGACUCUUUUCUCACUUCUCAGGUUCUGAUUUGUUGAAGCUAACUCGUGAUGACCUAGUUCAGAUUUGUGGUCCAGCCGAUGGCAUCAGGCUUUUUAAUGCACUCAAAUCAAGGUCUGUGCGGCCUCGGUUGACGGUGUAUGUUUGUCAGGAGUCGCCUCGGGAGAGCCCUCUGCUGGAAAGACACAAUAAUAGUAAUGAAAAUGGAGAACACAGCGUUCCCUCUAGUUUACACGUGUAUCACGCUUUGUACCUAGAGGAGCUCACAGCAGUUGAACUUAUCCGCAAGAUGGCAGCCGUGUGCAGCCUGCCACUGGAAAAGAUCCACCAUGUGUACCGUCAGGGACCCACAGGCAUACACAUCCUGCUCAGUGACCAGAUGGUAUAUAAUUUGACAGAUGAGAGCUGUUUUUUGAUCAGCUCUGUCAAAGAUGAAACUGGUGAAGGACUCCAUCUCAUCCUCAAGUAG